AUGGCCGCUACUGAACGCCAACUGCCUACUAGAACGGCUACAAACAUGACCGACGACGAUGCCAUCCCUGACGAGGAUACCAGCGAGGUCACCAAGCUCUUCCACGAGCGCCUGCAAGCAUGGAAGCAUGCGUGUGGUUACCUCGAGGACUACGUCUCAGCCACUGAGAAGAUGCAACACUCACACGCAAAGGAGUACGAGAAGGUGCUCAAGACUGUCUCGCANCCCCUCAAGGAGGGCCACCACUUCGACCAGAACCUGGGCGGUGUCGCUGGCACCUUUGACACUAUCCGCUCAAACACUCAGGGCAUCUCCAACUCGCACGCCGAGACAGCAAAGACCCUCAAGGGCUCCGUCCUCCCCAUCUUCGAGCGUCUUCACACCGAAAUCAAGAACAAGACCAAGGAACUCACAAAGGGUGCCGGCAAGGGUGGCAAGCUCGUCGACAAGGCCCGCGCAACAUCGCAGAAGCACAUUGAGCAGCUUGGCCAGCACACUGCUUCCUUUGACAGCACUGGUGGCAAGAUCAGCGCACACGAGGAUCCCUACGUCCUUCAGCGUGGUGUCUACCACCGUCUGAACAAGCAGAUCAUUGAGGAGAACAACAACCGCAACGAUAUCAUCGCUGUGCAGAACAGCUUCGCCCAGUUCGAGGCCCACAUCCUCACCACCGUCCAGAAUGGCUUGACCCAGUUCAACCAGGUCGUCGGCAACCAGGCCGAGCAGACUCGCACCAUGUACGGCAACAUGACCAGCACUGCCCAGCAGAUUGCUCCCGACUUUGAGUGGAACGGCUUCGUCCAGCGCAACAACCAGGUUCUGAUCGACCCCAACGCUCCNCCACGCACCAUGUCCAACAUCAGCUUCCCCAACCAGAACCACAGAGCUACCGAGCCCUUGAUUGCUGGUGCUCUGGAGAAGAAGGGCAAGCUGCUUAAGAAGUACGAGUCCUCGUUCUGGGUCAUCACUCCUUCCAGAUUCAUGCACGAGUACAAGACCGACGACGACUUCGCCAAGGAUCCCAUUCCCGAGACUUCUCUGUACCUACCCGACUGCAUGAUCGGUGCCCUCGAUGGUCUCAAGUUCCAGGUCAAGGGCAAGGACGUGUCGGGCAGCAGCUUUGGCAACAAGCUCUCCAUGGCACACGAGUAUGCCUUCAAGGCUCAUACUCCUCAAGACGCUGCCAAGUGGUACGAGUGCCUCAGAGGCUCGACCGGCACAACCACCAACGAGCUUCCNCCUACCAGUCCUGCUACUAGCAGACAGCCCAGCGCUGCCAUGGGAUCUGCCGUCUCACCCACAGACUCUUCGGAGCCCACCAAGGUCUUUACCGAGGAAGACACACGUCCUCGNACCACCGACGCUGCUGCCCUUGAGGCUGAGCGCAAGGAGGCUGCCUAUUCCGCAGCCGGACCCACCGAUGGCGUCGCUACCCACAGCAAGGUGUAA